AUGCCAAGUACCAGCUUCCAAGUCCCUUCCAACUUUCCACUCGGUCCUGUGGCUGCAGCCUGCGGGAGCGGAGAAACUUCGGGGCUCGCGUCGACCGCCGGCAGCACGAUGAAGUCAGCGGAGGAAGAACACUACGGCUACGUGUCAUCCACCGUGGGCACCGGCUUGCCCCUCACUGCGGCUCACGGCUCAGUGUCAGCCCCGUGCCAUGACCUUCAGACGGCUGCCCCUGGCAUCUCGGCCGUUCCCUCGGGGAGUCACCCCUCGGGGUACGGAGGGACGGUGGACAGCGGGCCCCCAGGCUACUUCCUGUCUUCUGGCAGUGUCAGGCCCAAUGGAGGCCUAGCUCUGGAGAGCCCACGGAUUGAAAUCACCUCAUACCUGGGCCUGCACCCUAACAGUGGCCAAUUCUUCCAUGACGUGGAGGUGGAGGACGCGAUGCCCAACUCCAAACGACCCCCAUCCACGGCCACACUGAGCCUGCCCAACCUGGAGGCCUAUCGCGACCCCUCGUGCCUGAGCCCGGCCAGCAGCCUGUCCUCCCGCAGCUGCAACUCAGAGGCCUCCUCCUACGAGUCCAACUACUCAUUCCCCUACGCGUCCCCCCAGACGUCACCUUGGCAGUCCCCCUGCGUGUCCCCCAAGACCACAGACCCCGAGGAAGGCUUUCCGCGGGGCCUGGGCGCCUGCAACCUGGGAUCCCCCAGGCACUCCCCCUGCACCUCACCCCGGGCCAGCGUCACGGAGGAGAGCUGGCUGGGAACACGGGGCUCCAGGCCCACGUCGCCCUGCAACAAGCGCAAGUACAGCCUCAAUGGCCGCCAGCCCUCCCGCUCCCCGCAUCCUUCACCCACGCCGUCCCCGCAAGGCUCCCCGCGGGUCAGCGUGACCGACGACAGCUGGCUAGGCAACACCACCCAGUACACCAGCUCGGCCAUCGUGGCGGCCAUCAAUGCGCUGACCACGGACACCAGCCUGGACCUGGUGGAAGGUGUCCCUCUCAAGGCCCGCAAGACCGCCCUGGAGCCCUCCCCCUCACUUGCGCUCAAGGUGGAGCCAGCCGGGGAGGAGCUGGGUGGCACCCCACCCACGUCUGACUUCCCGCCUGAGGAAUUUGCCUUCCAGCACGUCCAGAAGGGCGCCUUCUGCGACCAGUACCUGGCUGUGCCACAGCACCCUUACCAGUGGGUCAAGCCCAAGUCCCUGCCGCCUGCAUCCUACAUGAGCCCGUCUCUGCCGGCCCUCGACUGGCAGCUGCCGUCUCACUCGGGCCCCUACGAGCUUCGCAUCGAGGUGCAGCCCAAGUCCCACCACAGAGCCCACUACGAGACGGAGGGCAGCCGGGGGGCCGUGAAGGCAUCAGCAGGAGGACAUCCCAUUGUGCAGCUGCACGGCUACUUGGAGAAUGAGCCGCUCACGCUGCAGCUGUUCAUCGGGACGGCGGACGACCGCCUGCUGCGGCCCCAUGCCUUCUACCAGGUCCACCGCAUUACAGGCAAGACCGUGUCCACCAGCAGCCAGGAGGCCGUCCACUCUAACACCAAAGUCCUGGAGAUCCCGCUGCUGCCGGAGAACAGCAUGCGUGCCGUCAUCGACUGUGCCGGGAUCUUGAAGCUGCGGAAUUCCGACAUCGAGCUGCGGAAGGGAGAGACGGACAUUGGCAGGAAGAACACCAGGGUGAGGCUGGUGUUCCGCGUCCACGUCCCACAGCCCAGCGGCCGGACGCUGUCCCUGCAGGUCGCCUCGAACCCCAUUGAGUGUUCCCAGCGGUCAGCGCAGGAGCUGCCCCUGGUGGAGAAGCAGAGCCUGGACAGCUACCCAGUCAUCGGUGGGAAGAAGAUGGUCCUGUCUGGCCACAAUUUUCUGCAGGACUCCAAAGUCAUCUUCGUGGAGAAAGCUCCAGAUGGCCACCAUGUCUGGGAGAUGGAAGCCAAAACCGACAGAGACCUAUGCCAGCCGAACUCUCUGGUGGUGGAGAUUCCGCCGUUCCGCACCCAGAGGAUCAGCAGCCCCGUGCAAGUCAGCUUCUACGUGUGCAACGGCAAGCGCAAGAGAAGCCAGCUGCAGCACUUCACCUACCUUCCUGCCUCUGUUCCCAUUAUCAAAACAGAGCCAACGGAUGACUACGAGCCCGCUCUGAUCUGUGGACCAAUGAGCCAGGGGCUGAGCCCUCUCCCGAGGCCGUGCUAUAGCCAGCAGCUCGCCAUGCCGCCUGACCCCGGCUCCUGCCUGCUUGCUGGCUUCCCCGCCUGUCCGCAGAGAAGCCCCCUCAUCCCAGCGCCGCCCCACGCCAGCCCGAAGCUGCAUGACCUCUCGCCCACCACUUAUGCCAAAGGCCUGAGCAGCCCGGGCCUCGGCCACCUGGGACUGCAGCAGCCGGCUAGAGAGGGGCCCUCCGUCCAGGAAGUGCCAGGACCCCUGGCUGUGCACCCUGGCCCGCCGGAGCAGCCAGCACCCAUCCUGCAGCCGCAGGUGAGUCCUCCAAGCAGUAGCCACCCCCCUGGUCACCAACACUCACUCUGUCCCGACAGCCCUUCUUCUCGACCUCCGCCUGCCCCCCAAGAGCCGGCUGGUGUGCAGUGCUGUAGCCUGGCCCACCCUGCCACACCUGGCCACCCGUGGCACCAACCACCGACGGUUCCAGGAAGCAAGUCUGCAGCCACUGGGCCGCUGUUGCUGCCUGAGGUGCUUGCGGCCGGUAGUGGUUUGGCCCCUAUUCCUGUAACGGUCAAGUAUGAACCCGAGGAGUUGGACCAGUUGUUCCUGGACGACGGUAAGUGCUGUGUGGCCAUGCUUGUGAGUCGCGGAGCGCGGAGGGGUAUGUGGCCAAUGCCCGUAUCUGGGUGCCUCAGCGGAAAUGUGGGUUCCGACGCACUGUGCCCUGGCUCGUGGCUGCUGGGUGCCAACCUAAGAGCCCUGACCUCGAGGCAGGGCGGGGCCCCUCUCAGACGUGGCUCCCAACACCUGCCCUUGGCUUGCUGCAGUUUGGCAUGUGGAGGCAGGGCCCAGGCGGAGCUCCCCCAGAUGUGUGGAGCCUGGCCUUAGCCCAGUGGGAUCCCCGGAGACAGGCUGGACCUGCGCUCCAGCAUGUGGCAGCCUCGGCCUCCUGUCUCCCUCCACACCGACGAGGCCCCUCCAGUCUCUUCCCACUCCCCCUCUCGAGGCCGUCAGCUUUCUGAGGAGGCUCGUGCCAGUGUGUUUGCUCAGAAAGUAGUUCAGUCCUGACCCUGGACCCUGGUCUUGGGCAAGCUGCUGCUGAUUUCCUGUCCCCCAGGCUGCUUCUUCCCUUGGAAACCCACACGAAUCUGGCUGUUCACAGCGGCGUUCUGGAGGGUUUCUGUGACUUGGAGGUUAGGGUUAGGAUAAGGAUUAAGGUGCCAGUGGCCUGAUUGUGUUGUGUGUGGGCUGCGUGCUGGGCCAGCCCUGGGCAGCACACAUCCCGCCACCAUCUGUCAUGACUGCAGCCUGCUUGGCACAGACUGUCAUCUGCCGAGAUGGGGGCUCCGUCCGGUGUAGUCACUGCCCUGAGUGGACGCUCUGCCUGGUGUAGACACUGCCCUGAGUGGACUUGUGCCUCGGUGCACUCUGCUCUGGGGAAGCCACUGGCACAUAUGCCUCCAGCGGUGUUGUUUCGCUGUGGUCUUGCUGCAGCUGGUUUUAGGGGACACCACACAUCUGUUCCCCCUCUAUCCUGCCCAUGCCUUGCAGAGGUGCCAUCAUGGCCAGCUUCUGGGCUCCUGCCAUUUUGGGGAGCUUCUUCCAGCCCAGAGACAGGGAGGGGUCUCAGCCAGGUUCCUGGCUGCUGGUGAGGUCCCAGUUGGGCAGCAGAGGACAGGCACAAGUGUUGUGAUGUGCUGUAUUGUACAUGUCCCAGUGGGAGUGUGGUGGGGACUUGAAGUGGGCUGGGACCUCCCAUGGGGCUGGGCCUGGCCUAUCCCACAGGUCAGAGCUGGGUACAGCAAUCCCUGCUUAUGUUUGGGAUCUGAGAGCAGCACAGUGUGCCAGCACACAGCACCUGUUCCCCAAGAAAAGUGGCUGCUGAGUGGCUGUGUGGCUGAGGGUGUCCCCCAGAUGUAUGGGGUCUGCACAAAAGGCUGUCUGUGCUGCUGGCCGUGGGACCUGCAGCCUGAGCCUGUGGCCAUCAGCCCUGCACAAGCUCCUCCCCCAGGCCGCUCCAGCCCUGCCCCAGCAUCCCUCUCAGACACUCUCCCUCACUGUCCCGGUCCCCAGGUUCUGGUGAUGCAGAGAAGCCCUGCCCCUUCUGGAUCUGGCUGUGCCAGCACGGGAAGAGGCCCCUGGCAAUCUGCCAUUCAAAACAGGCAUUCAGACAAGGGUGGCAUGCACGGGG